GACCGCUUAAGACCCUGCACAAAGCGGAAAUGUGAUCUUUGGUGAAGAUACAGAAAAGCUUAAACCAAAAGCAUGAAGAAGUUAAAGCUUAAAGAACUUGAAAGCAAUCUUCAACAAGUUGAUAAUUUUGAGAAUCCAAAACUGCUGCUUGAGCAAUACCCAACAAGGCCACAUAUUGCAGCUUGUAUGCUUUAUACAAUUCACAAUACGUUUGAUGAUAUUGAAAACAAGAUUGUUGCAGAUCUUGGAUGUGGUUGUGGUGUCCUGAGCAUUGGAAGUGCUAUGUUGGGAGCAGGGUUAUGUGUAGGAUUUGACAUAGAUGCUGAUGCCCUGGAAGUGUUUCACAGGAAUUCUGAAGAAUUUGAACUCACAAAUAUUGACAUGGUUCAGUGCAACAUAUGUUCUUUGCCUGACAAAAUGCCAAAAACAUUUGAUACAGUUAUUAUGAAUCCUCCAUUUGGAACUAAACACAAUAAAGGUAUGGAUAUGGCUUUUCUCAGCACAGCACUGCAGAUGGCAAGAACAGCGGUAUAUUCCUUACACAAAACGUCAACCCGACAACAUAUUCAGAAGAAAGCAGAUGAAUGGAAAGUGAAGAUGGAAGUUUUAGCAGAACUGAGGUAUGAUCUACCAGCAUCAUACAAAUUUCACAAGAGGAAAUCUGUGGACAUUGAAGUUGAUUUUAUUAGAUUCUCUGGAAAAAAGAUGAAUGGAGGAAUGACUUAAAAUGUAUUUAAAAUAAUAAUAAUAAAAAACCUUUAAAUGCAUUCUGAAGUACUAGA